UAAGCUAGACAUUUAUUAAUCAGAAGGCAGAGACCGAGAGAGAGAAGAAAAGGAAGCUAUAAGGUGCGGAAGGAAAAUGACACAAUGGAGGGGUGACAGCAGAAAUCCAAGGCUCACAUUCCAGGGAAAACAGGAGGGAUCAAAGGCUAUUUUCCAAAGAGCCAUCUUCAUGUCAUGGGUUUCACCACGCUGCUGUGCUUCAGCUUUGGCUACAUUUGGUAUGUGUCCAGUGGUACCUCAAGCAAGGUCUCCGACACAACGAGCAGUAAUACCCAGGACUUUUACAAUAUAAAGCGACCAAGCAACCAUAUCCUGGAAGAUUUACUACAAAUUGAAUUACCAAGAAUGAUUUACACAAAGCCACAGAUUCUAAAGCCACCGAGAUGUGACGUCCUUAUGAUGACUCCAUGGUUUGCUCCAAUAGUUUGGGAAGGGACCUAUAACUCCGAGAUCCUGAAUGAGCAGUUCCGACAAAGGAAUGUCACUGUUGGACUGACAGUGUUUGCUAUCAAAAAGUAUGUAGUCUUCCUCAAGACGUUUUUAGAAACUGCAGAGACUUACUUUAUGGUUGGACAUAGGGUGAACUAUUACAUUUUCACAGACAGACCAGAAGAAGUUCCUAAAGUUGCGCUCAAAGAAGGAAGGAACGUAGUGGUUCUCCAAGUCCAAAACUACCCUAGGUGGCAAGAAAUCUCUAUGCGACGAAUGGAAAUGCUCAGCUACUUCUCUCAGCAGCGGUUCGUUAAUGAGGUCAGCUACCUUGUGUGUGUUGAUGUAGACAUGAAGUUUAAUGACCAAGUUGGAGUGGAGAUCCUGAGCGACUUGUUUGGCACACUACACCCAGGUUUCUACGCCGCAGAGCGUCGGUCUUUCACCUAUGAACGUCGACCUGCUUCUCAAGCUUAUGUGCCCAGCGAUGAGGGUGACUUCUACUAUAUGGCAUCCAUUUUUGGAGGAACAGUAAUGGAGGUUUACAAGCUGACCAAGCAAUGCCAUGAAGCCAUCGUGGUGGACAAAGCCAAUGGAAUUGAGGCAAUCUGGCAAGAAGAGAGUCACUUAAACAAGUAUUUUCUUUACCACAAACCAACCAAAAUACUUUCUCCAGAAUACAUGUGGGACGACAAUCUAGGUAGGCCAGAGAUCCUUAAGAAAAGAAGGUUUCUUGCUGUACGAAAGAAUCAUGCUGCAAUCAGAAAUAAAUGAAGGUAAUCUCAGUUUGCACUAAGCCCAGUCUAACAUAACUGAUAUUGUAGGUUUCCUUGGUUGAUGAAAAUAUACAAACAAUUGGUAAAGCUCCAUAACUUUUUAUGACAUUGCCAGUAUUUCUGGAUAUGGGAAUGGUUUGCAAGAUGUUGCUGUGAUGUUGCUCUCCAUAUGUUUUAUGGAAAUAUGCUAAUGAGUGUGAAUAUAAUGUAAUUGGAAUAUGCUUCAUGCAAAAGGUCUCUUGUAAGGUAUCAUUACAAAGCUUAUAAUCUACUGCAGGGGUCAGCAAC